GUUUGGAAGCAAAGAAAAUUCAAGAAGAAAGAAAAAAAAAGAUCAGAGAAAUGGCCGCAGUUUUUGAGAAUGAAGCAUUAUCAACAGAAGCUCACUAUGCACCAGUUACUCAUGAAAGAAAGGUCAGGAAAGACUUGGAAACCACACUUCCCAAACCCUAUAUGCCAAGAGCAUUGGCUGCUCCUGAUACAAGCCAUCCAACAGGAACACCAGGCCAUAACCAUUAUAAUAUGAGUGUUCUUCAGCAACAUGCUGCAUUUUUUGACACUGAUGGCAAUGGAAUCAUUUAUCCUUGGGAAACUUAUACUGGUUGUCGUGCUAUUGGUUUCAAUCCAAUUUUCUCAGUAGUCAUCGCCAUUGUUAUCAAUGCAGCACUGAGCUAUCCUACUCUGCCUGGGUGGUUUCCUUCUCCUUUCCUUCCUAUUUACAUUCAAAAUAUUCACAAAGCCAAGCAUGGUAGCGACUCUGGAACAUAUGACACAGAAGGACGGUUUUCACCAGUUAAUCUUGAGAACAUGUUUAGCAAAUAUGCCCAUACAGUACCAGACAAGUUGACGAUUGGAGAGCUGUGGGACAUGACAGAGGGAAACCGUGUUGCAUUUGACUUUUUUGGCUGGAUUGCAAGUAAGCUGGAAUGGGGAAUCUUGUAUGUUCUUGCUAGGGACGAGGAAGGUUUUCUGUCUAAAGAAGCUGUGAGGCGUGUUUUCGAUGGAAGUUUGUUCGAGUAUUGUGCCAAGAUGCAUUCUAGUGAUGCAUCUAAAAUGAUCUAAAGCAAUAAAGUCUAAAACUGAACCCAAAGAUGUUGUAUGUCUCAAGCAUACAUUAUAUACAUGUUAUAUAUGUAUGUGUAUGUAUGUAUGCUUGUGUUAUACAUGUAGCAGAAAGACAAAUAACAAGAGGGUUGGUCUUUUCUUCAGAGGUAAAAGCUGGGCAUCCCAGCAGGUUGGAAUGGGAGCCAUCAAGUUAGCUGAUGUGCAUAGAGUGGUUGAGUAUGAGCUUGCUUUUAAGUUGUAAUUAUGUUUAACCUUGUAUGCAUAUAAGCCUUUCCACAGCCAGUUUGCCUGGUGAAUGUUGUGUAAAUCUUUCAAAACUAGUAGUUUUUUGUUUA